AUGGAAGACCUCGAUUUCAACUUCAUCCUCGAUGAUGAGUUUGAUGCAGUCGCAAUCGCCAGAAGAGAUGACUUUGAGACUUGGAAGACCAAGAAAUAUCCCGCCAAGGAGCAUGCGCGCAAAGUCGCCAAGGAGCUGGACAUUAGCGACGGCAUCAUUUAUCUGCCGGGUCAGGCGACUGUGAAUUACGAAGACUCGGAUCAGCCGCCGCCGUUGAGACAGCGCAGAUACUUCUUCUAUCUCACCGGCGCAAACUUCCACGAUUGCUUCGUCACAUAUGAGAUCCGUGCAGACACCCUCACCCUCUGGAUUCCUUACGUCGAGCCCCGUCAAGUGCUGUGGUUCGGCUCAACGCCCGAUGCGGCCAAGGCGAAGCAGCUUUACGACGUUGACGAUGUGCGCUACUCAACGCAGCUGGACAAGUUCUUGGAGUCGCGCUUCAAAUCAUCAACCCAGCUGUUUGUCUUGCAUCCAGAUCAGACGCCGUCGAAGGCUAAAGACCUAAAAUUCAAGGUUAACGACUGGAAGCUUCAGCCUGCCAUGAACAAUGCGCGAUGCAUCAAAGAUGAAUAUGAGAUUGCCAUGAUUCGCCGCGCCAACGACGUUUCCAGCGCGGGCCAUCGCAAGGUUGCUGAAAUGCUUCUGCGUCUCUCCAAUGAGCGCGAGAUUGAGGCCAUCUUCCAGGCCGUCACCACUGCGCGAGGAGCUCGCUCUCAGGCCUAUCCCGUGAUUGCGGGCUCGGGCGUGAACGCCUCGACGCUGCACUAUGAGGAUAAUGACCAGCCCCUGGAGGGCAAGGAGCUUGUCAUCCUUGAUGCGGGAUGCGAAUGGAAUUGCUAUGCUAGCGACAUUACUCGCACUCUGCCUAUCAAGGGUCAAUUCUCAACAAACGGCUCAGCUGUGUAUAAGAUUGUCCAGCAGAUGCAGGAGGAAUGCAUCGCCGCCGUCAAGCCCGGCAUCAAGUUCUACCAGCUGCAUCUCCACGCUGCUGCGGUUGGCCUCAAGGGCCUCCACAAGCUCGGCAUCCUCAAGGGCGACCUGAUGGAGAUUGCCAAGGCCGGCACCAUCACUGCAUUCUUCCCACACGGGCUGGGCCACCACGUCGGCCUGGAGGUGCAUGAUGUCCCAGGCAACUUGCCACUGAUGAUUCUCGUAAAUCUAGGCCUGGACGGUGGAAAGCGAGACAUGAUUUCUGCAGAUAUGCUGAAAACUAUGAGGAUGUAUGAUGAGGAGCUGGUGCCUUCGCGCCUGAAGUCGAGCAGGGAGAGGCAGGUGUUGAAGCCAAACAUGAUUGUUACUGUUGAGCCUGGCAUCUACUUCUGCCGUGAGUACAUUGAGGGUUACUACCUCAGCAACCCAGAUCACGCAAAGUUCAUCGACAAGGACGUCCUCGAAGGCUACUACAGCGUUGGAGGUGUUCGCAUCGAAGACGACAUUCUCGUUACCGAAGACGGAUACGAGAACUUGACGGCGGCGCCAAAGGGCGAGGAGAUGAUUAGUGUUAUCAAUGCAAAGGGGGGUAAGCAGUAG